ACGGAUACGCUGGAAAAUGGGACAAAGGAGACGCGCUCAAUGGCUGGAACGACAUGUGAAAAUCAUCUUCGUUGCUGUAUCGCUUGUUUUUGGGACAACUGUAUGGGCACAAAUACGCUACUCGAUUUCUGAGGAGCAGAAGGACGGAGCUGCUGUGGGAAAUAUUGCGAAGGAUUUGGGUAUUGAUCACAGAACCCUAAAAGAACGAGGAUUUCGCAUCGUAUCGACCUCAGGCGAGUCACUGUUUAGUGUAAACCAGAACGACGGCGUUUUGUAUGUGAACGGUAAAACAGACAGAGAGGAGGUGUGCGAGAGAAGCACCCCGUGUUUAAUCAAUCUGAAAAUCGCUUUAGAAAAUCCGCUGGAGAUCCACUAUAUUACUGUAGAGAUACUGGAUAUAAACGAUCAUAGUCCACAGUUUCCCGAGAAUGAAAAGCGACUGGAAAUUUGGGAGUCUGCUGUGCCAGGCGCAAGAUACCCGCUACAGGCAGCGCGCGAUCCAGAUAGUGGCAGUAAUUCAGUUCAGAUGUAUAAACUGAGUCACACUGAUUAUUUUCGUAUUGAAAUGGUAGAUAGAGAUGAAGACGGCAAACGUCCCGUAUUGGUUUUGCAAAAGCCGCUUGACCGAGAGAUAACAAAACGUAUGCAGUUGCAAUUGACUGCUUUAGAUGGAGGCAGACCGCCAAAGUCUGGAACAAUGGAGAUAAAGAUAGAUGUGUUAGAUAUAAAUGAUAAUGCCCCUGUUUUCACCAAAGACACUUACACUGUAAUGCUAAAUGAAAAUACACCGGUAGGUACAACUAUUUUAAGGGUUAACGCAACCGAUUCGGACGAGGGUCAGAAUGGAGAAGUAGUUUAUUCAUUAGGGCAUGACGUCAGUCACAAAUUACGUAAACUCUUUGAUGUUAACAGAGUCACAGGAGAAAUUAUUGUGACGGGUCUUUUGGAUUUUGAGGUCAAGGAUAAAUAUCAGAUUGACAUUCAAGCAUCUGACAAAGGAAUCGUUCCUCUAACAACGGAUAAAAUUGUAACUAUAAAAAUAGCUGAUGUUAAUGAUAAUGCCCCUCAGAUAGAAGUGACGUCAUUCUCAAGCGCAGUUCCUGAGGAUUCCAAACCUGGCACGACAGUGGCUUUAAUCAGCGUUUCUGAUUUAGAUUCUGAAAUGAAUGGGAGAGUCUCCUGUUCAUUACCUGAGGACAUACCUUUCAAACUAAUGCCAUCAUCACAAGAUAAUACUUACUCAUUAGUUACAACAUCAUCUCUAGACAGAGAAACUAUAUCUCAUUAUGCCAUCACAUUGGUAGCCAAAGAUGCUGGGCAACCACCACUAUCUUCUGUUAAAACUAUAACUGUCCAGGUAUCAGAUGUAAAUGACAAUAGUCCAGAAUUCUCAGUUUCCCCUUAUGCAUUUUAUGUGAUGGAAAAUAAUGUUCCAGGCAAAUCUUUAUUUUGUGUAUCUGCUUCAGACAAAGACACUAGUGAAAACGGUGUGGUAAACUAUCAAAUAUGGAGAGAUGGCAUUGUAGAAAACACAUAUAAAUCUUUCAUCAAUAUUAACCAUGAAAAUGGGGAGAUUUAUGCGCUAAAGAGUUUUGACUUUGAAACUGUUAAAACGUUCAAUUUUCACGUUGUUGCCACAGACUCUGGAAGUCCAUCUCUGAGCAGUAACGUGACAGUGAACGUGUUUAUUCUGGAUCAGAACGACAAUGUUCCAGUGAUCUUAUAUCCAGUCAGUGCUAACGGUUCUGCUGAGGGUGUGGAGGAGAUUCCCCGCAAUGUGAACGCAGGUCAUUUGGUGACUAAAGUCAGAGCCUAUGACGCAGAUAUCGGAUACAAUGGCUGGUUAUUAUUUUCACUGCAGGAAGUUAGUGAGCACAGUCUCUUUGGUUUGGACCGCUAUACAGGACAGAUAAGGACCCUUCGCUCAUUCACAGAAACGGACGAGGCCCAGCAUAAACUGGUCAUACUGGUCAAAGACAAUGGGAACGUGUCACUCUCAGCAACAGCGACUGUGAUUGUCAAAGUUGUGGAGCCCAAAGAGGCUUUUGCAGCAUCUGAUGUUAAAAAUGCAGUAAAAGACGAGGAGGAAAACAACGUGACAUUUUAUUUGAUCAUCACUUUGGGCUCGGUUUCAGUGCUUUUUGUCAUCAGUAUCAUCGUGUUGAUUGUAAUGCAGUGCUCCAAAUCUACAGACUAUUCAUCCAAGUAUUUACAAGAGGCAAAUUACGACGGAACUCUGUGUCACAGCAUCCAGUACAGAUCUGGAGACAAACGGUACAUGUUAGUUGGACCCAGAAUGAGUAUUGGAUCUACUAUAACACCAGGCAGUAAUAGAAAUACUCUAGUGAUACCAGAUCGCAGGAGGAGAGAUUCUGGAGAGGUAAGAAUCUACAAGGCUUUAUGA